AUUCCGGUUCUGUGGCAGUUGGGAGUGGGUAGGUGAAGGUCCUUUGGACAGCUAGUGUAAAGGACCUAAAGGCCCCUCCAUGCUGGGACUAGACAAGUCUACCGAGGCUAAGGCCAAGCAGAUAAUGCUGAACUGGGCUUCUGUCGUCACUGCCCGGAGCCGGGGUGGCUGCUAAGCACUUGGGUUUCUAAGGAGUCCUUGGAUGCAGAAGGAAUAAAUACAUGGCCUUUGAGUGGAUUGCAGCCGUGACAUUUGCUGCUGGGACAGCUGCUCUCGGUUACCUGGCUUACAAAAAGUUCUACGUUAAAGAUAAUCGUACCAAAGCUAUGGUGAACCUUCAGAUCCAGAAAGACAACCCCAAGGUUGUGCACGCUUUCGACAUGGAGGACCUGGGAGAUAAGGCUGUGUACUGCCGCUGCUGGAGGUCCAAAAAGUUUCCGUUCUGUGAUGGGGCUCACAUAAAACAUAAUGAAGAGACUGGAGACAACGUGGGACCUCUGAUCAUCAAGAAAAAAAGAAACUUAAUGGACAUUUUCAGUGCUGCACCCCAGAGUGUUGUGAUGUCACCUGAUUGUUUAAUUAGAAUUAAUUAAUUAAUGAGACGCUCACUCUGUCUGAUUGUCUCCUUGGGUCCUAGAUGUGGUUGGUACCUUGCAAAUCACAGCUUUCAUAUUCAUGGCAUCAGCCUUGCUAUUGGAGCUUUGUGGUGCACAUUUUUGAAAGAAGGAGAUAAGAAAGAAAGGUUAAAUCAACCUCAUGGUAUAUGGGUCAUUUUGAUCUUGUAAGGAUCUGUUCUUUUACAAUAUGGUCUUAGAAUAUAGUUGUAUCUUGAGGUUAACGUAUUAAAUUAUUCUCAGAAUCAUGUACAUGUAAAUUGUACUUGUAAGUUUAAAGAAAAAAAUCACCUUUUACAUAUUACUUAGUUAACUUGGAAAGUUAACUAAGUGUGAUGACAUUGCAUUGAUUUCUUACAGCAUAGGAGAAACCUGACAUGACCUUGACUGUCCCUGUGGCCAAGUUGAUAACUUGGAUUCAGCUUGUGUUUUAAUGCUUUCAGUCAGAAUUAACAAUGUUAUCUUCUUUAAAGUCGCCCAGGUCAGCAAUAAAGGGGCAACAACUUCUUGUGUUUAUCUCUGUGGAUAUUUAAUUGAUCCACUCUAAACACCAAUGGCAGAGAUCUAGACCACAGUGAUGUCAGUUAAGUAGUCACAAAGAGUGCUGGAGCGAUGACUCUGUGAACAAAGUGCCCAUGUAAAAGCCAGGCAGCCAUGGUAGCUUACCUGUGAUUUCAGCCUUGGUAAGGAUCAGCAGAGCUACCUAGCCAGCUAGACUAGCCAGAGUCAAUAAAUCUGAGUUCAACCAAAGACCCUGCCCCAAUAAAUACGGGGGGAGCUAGUAAGGAAGACACUGGUGUCAACCUUAGGUCUCCCUUUGAACACACCCACACACAUGUGCACCACACACAUGUGACUUGAUUAUACAUGUACAUCACACAUCCAAGUGUGGAAAAAGAAAAUAAAAUGUUGUCUUUUAGAACUUUUACCCUCAAGAGCAGAAGGGCAUCAAACUGAAGGCCUUGAUGGGAUUCGAUACCCGGUAUUGAUCUCAAAGCCACACAGCCUUGCAGAGAGUAAUACACUUCAAUCAGAAGCAUAGGAAAUUCUUACUUCCCACUCUGAAUAAUCAAGUGCAUGGCUUAAGUUUGUAAAGAAACUACUUUUGAAGAUAAAAAGAACCGCUUCUUCAUUUAAAUUAUACAGUCUUUUUCUUACAAAGCCUUGAAGACAAGUGUUAAUAUGCACAGUUGCUACUCUGAACACCUGAGACUUCAUCUGUCCUCAUUGACAGGCUGAGCCCUGGUAAGCAGUGUGCUGUCUUCUCUAUACCACUUACUGACCUCAGCAAACCACUUAGCUUCUCAGCCUAAGUGUAUGAAUGUUGCGUGUGUUCAUAUGGGGUAUGUGGUCAUAUGUGGAGGCCAGAGGUCACUGUUGGGUCUCAUCAGUUUGGCUACAGUGGCUGGCCAAGGAACUCCACUGUCUUUCUCCCCCCCCCCCCCAGCACUAGAUUCCAGUGCUGGAAUUCUAGGUACACCUAGCUUUUUAUGGGGGCUUGGGGAUCCAGACUUCAAUCUUCAUGCAAACCACAGUAGGCACAUCACCCACUAAACUAUGUCCCCAGUCUGUUUCUCAGCCUUUUAAAUAGAGGAAGUUGGACUAACUGAACCUUCCAGGGUUUGUCUUCAGAUUUUAGACCGACAUAAAAUGUGUGGCUGUUUCCCCAGGAAGGGAAAACCACUAGAAGACUGUCAACCUGGAUUCACUCACUAUCUGCAGAAAGUCUUGAUCUCUUAGUGUUUCCAGUGUGAGGGGCUAUGUUUAGAGAUGCAGUGACCUGUGUCUGACAGAACUGUGCACCCCAUAAUUGGAUAUCACAGCGAUGUAAUCGACAAGAUAAACAUUUAACUAUAGCAUUGUAUUAUAAGGGCUAUUUGAUAAAUGAUAGCUGCUCCCAAAUAGGUGGAUUGUUUUGUUUUGUUUUGUUUUUGCAAACAUUAGGGUGGUAUUUGGCUUUAAAAUAAACAUUGCCUAAGGUCUCCAGUUAGUAA